AUGGCAGCAACUCAUGCCCUCUUUGAUCUAUGUGCUAUGCCGGAGUAUGUCGGAGCCCUACGAGAAGAGGCAGAGUCAGCUCUAGCAGAGAGUGGUGGAGUGUGGCAGUAUUCGACCAUCAAGAAACUGCGUCAACUGGAUAGUUUCUUAAAAGAAUCGCAGCGUGUGAACCAAUCCACCUUCCUUGGCUUUGACCGUAAAGUCAUGUCCACCAUCAAAUUGUCCGACGGAACUAUCCUUCCUCCAGGAUCAUUGAUUAUGAUGCCCGGGGGACCCAUGUCGCGAGACCCGGAAUACUACAAGAACCCAGGCAGUUUCGACGGCCGUCGCUUUUACAGCUCUGCCGCUAAUCUCAGUGACGAUGCUUCGAAGGUUUCUGCAGGUACGACGCAAGACUAUACAGGUAUUGAGCCAGGAAACCUUUCAUGGGGGAAUGGCAGGUUCACUUGUCCGGGACGGUGGUACGGCGCCGCCAUGAUCAAGCUGAUCCUGGCGAACCUGCUCAUCAGAUAUGAUAUUUCAUUUCCUGAAGGCCAAACUGAACGUCCAGCAAAUACCAAGUAUGACACUGAGGUGCAUCCUGAUUUUGGCGCGAAAAUCUGUUUUGCUAAGAGG